AUGGACUCCGGUCAUUAUGCGCUACUCCCUCCGCUCGAACAAGGUCUUGCACCGUUCUUAGCUUCGCUGCAGCCGGGCCCGGGACCAGGCACUCACACCCACCACACCCACAGUCACGCCGGCCCAGACAGCAGCACCUCCGCUGGCGCCGCCCGAGCUCACGACGGCGGCGCACACCCUACUACGAUGCGUGCCUCGACGAGGACAAGCUCGAGGUUGCAACCGUUGAUACAACACUCGACUCCGCAUUACGACUAUUCCGACUGGAUCAACUCGCACGGUCACUACGACGCGCUCGAUGGCGCGACCGACGUUCUGAUCCACUCCGCACCACCCCCGCCCUCCGAGUCGGCGCUCGCGGCCAGCCCUUCGUUUGCGCCUUACAAUCCAACCAAAUUUGCGCUCAACCCAGCAGCAGCAGCAGCUGCCUCGGGCAGUCACCAUGGCCAGCACACCAAUCUGCGAGCGUCGCGUCGGUUGAGCAAUGUACCCGGGUCGCAAUACUUCAAUGCAUCCCCCUUCCUCGCGAAUGACACCAACGCACCUCCUUUUCACAAACUUUCGAUGGGGGUCACCGCGGCGUUCGAGGUCGCCGCGGACACGUUCCCUCCGCACCCCUUGCAGCACCUCCAAGGUCCUCCGAGAUCAUUUGCGCCUGCUCAAGCUCAUGUCACGCGGGCGCAGCCCUCACACCACCAAGCACAGUCCAGAUCGUCUACGUCCCCGUCGCGGCAUGCGAUCGCUCUAGCGGCUGCGCCGAACGCCGAACACGCCGCGUCAAGCGCGCAAUCGUCGUCGGCUUCCUAUCCGCGAGCCAGGGAGGCCGCGGUCGCGGUUCCUUCUAUGGCGAGUCCGAACAGCAAGAAUCAAGCUGCCCAACUUUUUUCCGUCAGCUCGUCGACGACACAGAUAACCGAUGUUGCGAAACUAGCCUCGACGGUGCCCAUGACGCGUUCUAGCUCUCGCUCGUCUCCAACCCGUGGCGGCGCUGAAGCCUCUGCGGCUCGCAAGACCCCAGCUUCUGAAGUAUCAGUUUCCACCCCUACUGCUGCCGUCGACUCGGCCGGUGCGAGCAGACCUCGCCGGUCAGGUGCCGCUGAGUUGCCUCAGGAUGUCGCGAACCAACCCGCUUCGGAUCGGUCCUCAAGAUCAAAGACGGCAGCUGGUCUCUCCAAGCCAUUGACGCAAGAACCGGAUGCCGAGGCCGCCCUCCACCUUUUGCGGCUCGCGCAACCCGAUGGUUCGGUCGAGGAUGAGGAAGCCACGCCCAGCGCUGAUGCCCGUCCCGGCACGAACCCCAAUGAAGACGAGUCAGCAGAGCUGUCGGAUGCUUCGAGUCUUCGCUCGCUCGGUGUCGGCUCCGCAUUCUCGACCUCGACCAAGGCGACCACCGUAGGCUCGACGGCCACCGUUCAUCCGAAGGGGGGGCCGGUUGGAUCCGCCACGGCUAGAGCCCGUAGGGGCCGCAUGUCAAAUGAGUCCACCCAGUCGACGGGAAGUCCCGGUCUUGGCUCGGGACCGUUAUUCGGUGCCAUGGAAGGCGUCGAAUCCUACGCCGCUCGCGAGUGGCACUACUCGGAUGACGUGCAGCAAGCCCCGUUGCGUCUUCCUAUGCCUGGGUACACUUCUCGCGCGCCGAGCGUGGCUAGUUCGAACGCGAGUGCGAGCCGUGCGGCGGCGAACAAGUCGCAUCGUCCUGCUCGACUACAACGGGAGGCUGCUGCUGCUGCUGCGUCGGCUUUGGCUCAGCAAGCCGGCGGUUCGUCGUCGUCGCGGCGACUGAGUAGCCGAACCCGCAAGCCCACCAUCGAGGCUGAGGACGUGUUUGACGCCGAAAACGACGAUGACUUUCGCUCCGCAUAUGGUGACGAUGGCAACGAUGCUCAGGAUGCCGCUCAAGACUUUAGUGAAAGUGAUGAUGACGACGACGAUAACGGGCCGAGCAAGCGCCGCGGUAGGGCAAGGAAGUCUGCCUUAGCCAAAGGCAAGGGCAAGGGGAAAGCGAAACCCCGCGCUUCAACGGCGUCCAAGCGUGGCAGCGAGACCCCGCUCAACGCGACACCGGCCAAGAAGUCGCGUACUUCGACUUCGAGCAACGCCGGGUCGACUCGUGGCGAUACCCCUGGUUCGACGUUUUCGACAACUUCGACGACGCGACAAAGUAGACGCCAACCGGUCGCUCCUUUGAACCUCGUCGAGCGCACUUUCCCACCCGAGGUCGAGAAGUGUUCUGCUUCGUUCCCACGUUUCUACCGGGCCUUCCCACUUUCGUCGGCCUUCCCUCCCGACUCAUUCGUUCACCGCGGCACUGGUCUACCCAUGCCAACUUCAGCUACGGCGGGCACCAACGCGGCCAGCGCAAUCGCCGAGUCCUCGACGAUCCCGGCUCUCACUCUGCCCAGCCUGAGCAGUCACUUGUCGGCCAGUGCGCAAGCUUCAACGUCGUCCAUGCACAUGGAGGACAACAACAUUGGUGGCGGCGCACAGUACGGAGCCAUGCUCCCGCCCUACCCUGCUGCACCUCACACCUCGGACACGCCUCCCGCCAGCACACUUUCGUUCUUCGACUGUCCCGCCGGCGCCAAGUGGCACAAGGGGCCUGAUCCUUUCAACAUCUACAUGCCCCGUAUCGUGCGAGGCUCGGCUGAUUCGAAAGAGGGACUGUGCCCCGUUUGCGUCGAGUCCGUCGCUCGCGGUGGUGAGGGCGAAGAGAAGUGGCUCAAGCUCAAGAACAGUAGUUUCGUGUACCACAUGUCUUACUCGCACGGGUUGUCGAACUUGACCGGUAAGUUUAUCUCAUUUGGAGCUAGGCUCCCGGGACCAGGUGCUAAGACAGCCUGCAACCCCUACGUUUGGCAGGCCUACCCUUUUCGCCUCCGGUCCGCUUCCGCCGUCGACCGACGGGUACGAAAACAAAAGACACACGCGACGAGAUGACAGAUGGCAUGUGCCACAAGUGCAACGAGUGGAUCCCGCUACUCAGCGUCAAGAAGAUCGACACGCUUAUUCCCGAACUGAUCUGGUGGAAGGUGAGUAGACAGUCGAAAAUCUGUCCUAGCGAGUUUAGAGCACGGAUUGAUCUAAGGGCUGAGCUCUUUUCCGUUACAGCACGCCAAAAAGUGUCACGGCGAGUCACAGAUCCCUGGCGAAAGGGACUUCUACGUCCGCGAUGCCAUGUUCGAUUUCGUCUCUGCCAAGAAAGCCCAGCAUGGGCUGUGA